AUGUUGCAGUUACUUGUGUUGGCCACAUUGGUCGGUGCUACAUUUGCUAGCUACGGUGCCAAUCUCAACUACCGUUCUCCCUCCCUCCACCACCCUGCUCUAGGUAUCUCGGUACGGAAGGUGGUCAAGCGACAUGUUGAGAGACAGUCUACACCAGCUUCGUCGCUGAAUUUCACUCAUGGAGUUGCCUCCGGUGACCCAUUCCCGAACAGUGUGAUCUUGUGGACCCGUUGUGCUCCCACCUCAGACGAUGUGACUAGCAAUAGCUCCACCAGCGGUUUCGUGCCACUCUACAAUCCUGUCCCCAUCUACAAUGAUACUGACGAGGGGAAGCCGCCGUCGACUUCUCCUGUUUGCCUGACCUGGAAGAUUGCCAGCGACUCGGCGUUGUCGUCUGUGGUCGACCAAGGAACUGUAUACACGAGCUCAGACGUUGACUACACGGUCAAAGUCGAGGCCACGAAGCUGCAGCCUUUCACACAAUACUGGUACCAGUUCACUGUCUGCAACAGCAGCGUGUCUAGCUUGGUCGGCAGAACCAAGACUACUCCCGCAGCCACUGACGACGUCUCCGGAGUCAACCUAGCGGUCUACUCUUGCAGCAAUUACCCGUUCGGGUUCUUCAACGCGUUUGGUAACCCGGUACGCAAAGAUUCCGUCGACUAUGUUAUCCAUCUUGGCGACUAUAUUUACGAGUAUGCCAACGGUGAAUACGGCUGGGGUCAGACUAUCGGCCGUGUCCCCUUGCCGGAUAGAGAGAUCUAUACUCUUUACGAUUACCGCAAGCGUCAUGCCACCUACAAGACCGAUCUGGAUCUGAUUGCUAGUCACCAAAACUUCCCCUGGAUCGCCGUCUGGGAUGAUCAUGAGGUUGCCGAUAAUACCUACCGGGAUGGCUCUUCGGAGCUCAACAACACCGAAGCGUCUUUUGUUACAGAUGGUGGUGUCUCUGUGGAUCAGAGGAAGAUGAACGCUGUCAGAGCAUACUUUGAAUGGAUGCCCAUCAGACAAGUCGAGAUGGGUGAUGAUCUUCGAAUCUGGCGAUCGUUCUCUAUUGGCAACCUCAUUGACCUCGUCAUGCUCGAUACACGCCAGUAUGACCGCUCUAUAACCGACCUGUACUGGAACACACACUACGUCCACGAAAUCUCGAACGAUGCUGGUCGCUCCAUGAUGGGCUCCCGUCAGGAAAAUUGGUUCUAUCAGACCCUGAUCGACUCGAAGAACCGUGGUGCUACAUGGCGUGUGAUUGGGUCUCAGACGGUCUUCAGCCGCAUCAACGAAAGUGUUGCUUAUGGCAAUGUCGAUCCCCUCGAUUACGAUGCGUGGGAUGGAUACCAGGCCAACCGCAACCGCACCUUCCAAGCGUUGUACAACAAUAACAUUACCAACAACAUCAUGCUCUCAGGAGACAGCCACGCAAACUGGGUUUCUGACCUGGUAUGGUUGGACGAGCAUCCAUAUGACCCCACGACUGGGGAAGGGGCUAUCGGAGUUGAGUUCGGCGGCACGGCCGUAUCGUCCCCGUCGCCAUACGGCGCAAACAUCUCCCUCGCACUUAGCCUUCAAGCCAGCCAGUUCCUCGUAGGUGCCAACCGCGAGUUGCAAUGGCAAGAGAUUUACUACCGAGGGUAUUACGAGUUGCACGUCACCCAACAGCAAGUCAACGUGUACUACUUUGGAAUGCCGACGGUGGUCAACCGCAACCCGAACGAAAUCUCGCUGGCAAACUUCACGGUCAUCAACGGUGAGAACAAGCUCCAUCGCUUUAACGGCUCUGUUGUGGCCAGUCCUGUGGAGAACGGCUACGUCAAGUUCGGCCAGACCAAGCAGACCAAUAUCACCAAUGCGACGGACACAGGGGCGUACUUCAUCAGUCACGCUGGACUGGAAGUGCUUUGA